AGUAUAAAGAAUGUUGAAAGGGAAAAAAAUAGCACCAUAAUGUGACACGUGAUAUUUUUGGUAUUUGUUUUAACAUUAUGUUACUGAUUUACUUUCUUCAUGCGUUAUGAACACUUCGAUAUAGUUUUUAUCCUAAUAGUUGUAUAUUUAAAUGAUUCUAUUCCAAAAAUUAAAGAAUGACAAGAUUGACAACUAAUUCUAACCUAUUCUUAAUUUGUUUACCCUGAACAAGAUUCAACUUGUUCCUAUUUUACUUAACCAAAACCAGUCUUGACAUUUGACACUAUUCAUAUUUUUCUAUGUGGGUCUAGAUUCAGAUCCAGCAGUUGCUGGUUCCGGGUCAAGAAACCGGGUAGUGGUACCCAUUUUUAUUUUUAUUUUUUUUAAUUGAGCCCCAUAAUCCGAUAGAGAAUCAACAACGUGUCAGUAUGUGGAGCGCUGAAGAGUGUGUUAUGCUAAUACCGUUGGAAAACACCAGAAACACGAAUUCUGUGAUUCUGUUUGAAGAUGAGAAUGAGAAUGCUCCAAUUUCAGCAAUUACAAUGCCAACAACACUUCAAUGGCGUCUUUCUUUCUCACUCUUCUUUACUCCAUUCCUCCAUUCCACGGAUUUCGAGACCUUCUACUGUUAAGUGCUCGCAAUCAUCUCCUACCAGAACUCAAAGGAUAAUGGAAAGCAUAUCGGUAGGAACAGAAGCUGGUGGUGCAGGAGGAUCGUAUUCUUAUACCGCUUUGAAGAGGUUGGAUCAAUUAUGGACAAACAUUUGCUCUGCUGAAACAGUAACUAAACCACCACAGGUAGUUACUAGUGUUACAGGCCCUUUUGUGCAUGAUGACACUUCUGGGAAGUCAGUAGAGAAUUUUGAUGUGAUAGUUUGUGGAGGUACUUUGGGAAUUUUCAUUGCCACUGCAUUGUGUGCCAAACGCCUUAAGGUCGGGAUUGUGGAAAGAAAUAUACUGAAAGGGAGAGAACAAGAAUGGAAUAUUUCAAGAAAAGAGCUUUUGGAACUUGUAGAAGUUGGCAUUUUGAAUGAAGAUAACAUUGAACAAGCUAUAUCUGCAGAAUUUAAUCCUAAUAGAUGUGGAUUUGAAGAGAAGGGUGAGAUUUGGGUCAAGGACAUUCUUAAUACUGGAAUUUCGCCAGCUAAGUUGAUUGAGAUAAUGAAGGAACGCUUCAGGUCUCUUGGUGGUAUUAUCUUGGAGGGUUAUAGUGUAUCUAGCAUAUGUGUAUAUGAUGAUUCAGCAGUUUUGCAAGUAUCUGAAGAGAAGAUUUUAUCAUCACGCCUAAUCAUUGAUGCUAUGGGAAAUUUUUCUCCUAUCACAAGACAGAUACGAAAUGGAAGGAAGCCAGAUGGUGUUUGCGUUGUUGUUGGUUCCUGUGCAAGUGGCUUUACAAAUAACACCACAAGUGAUGUCAUCUAUAGCAGUGCAACAGUGCAGAAAAUUGGUCAAUCAGAAGUGCAACUGUUUUGGGAGGCGUUUCCAGCUGGUUCCGGUCCCAUGGAUCGUACAACUUACAUGUUUACCUAUAUGGAUCCUCAGCCAGGAUGCCCUACCCUGGAAGAUCUCUUAGAAAGUUACUGGAAAUUGAUGCCAAACUAUCAGGGAGUUUCUCUGGAUGACCUCGAUUUUAUGAGAGUUGUAUAUGGCAUAUUCCCUACUUAUCGUGACAGUCCACUACCAGCUGCAUUUAAUCGUAUUCUACAGUUUGGUGAUGCUAGCGGUAUUCAAUCCCCUGUUUCAUUUGGUGGUUUUGGAAGCUUGACCAGGCACCUUGAGAGAUUAUCGUCUGGAAUAUACGAAGCAAUUGAGGGCGAUUUUCUUGACUCGGACAGCUUGUCACUGCUGAAUCCAUAUUUGCCCAAUCUAAGUGCUUCUUGGCUAUUUCAAAGAGCAAUGUCAGCAAAACAACAGCCUGAUGUAUCGCCUUCUUUCAUCAAUGAUCUACUUCAUGCUAAUUUUCAGAGUAUGGAGAAGCUUGGUGAUCCUGUUUUGAGACCAUUUCUUCAGGAUGUCAUUCAAUUUGGACCCCUGGUCAAAACAUUGGGUUUGGUCAUGCUUACUAAACCUCUCAUCAUUCCUUCCAUAUUCAAGCAGGUUGGUUUUCCUGUGCUGAUUGAUUGGUCCGGCCAUUUCUUUAUGCUUGGUUAUUACACAUUCCUCUCAAGCUUUGUAGAUCCUUUAAUUAGGUCUUCAAUUAACAAAUUCCCCUCCAAGAUGAAGUUUCAAUGGAAGCGAUAUCUUGAUGCUUGGAAGUACGGAGCUGGUUUAGACUAUAGAUUGUGAAGUACUCCCUCCGAUUUUUUUUUUUUUUUUUUUUUUUUUUUUUUAAUGCAUCACUUCUAUAUUUAGUAACUUUAUACUAUUUUUAUCAUUUUUCUCUUUUACUUUAAACCUCACUCAAAUUAUUUUAUCAUUUCUCUCUCUUCUAUGGUCCCCACUUAAAUAAUAAAAAUAUAUAUCUUCUCUCACAUAUUUUCUCUUUUCUGGUCCCCAUCUUACUUUUACUAUAAUAAUUUAUUUAUCAACUCACAAUAUUAUAUUACUCUCCUAAAACUUUGUGCAUUUCCAAUUAAUACAAAUAAAAAAAAAAAUAAAAAAAAAGAGGGAGUAAUACAUUGUUGAAAUACCAGAAACGUAAGACAACUUAUUCAAUACUUCUUCAUAUAUUGUAUGAUUUGAUAAGUACAUAAUGUGAUACUCUUAAACUUCUAUGUAAUUUCCAGCAGAAAAUUAAAUGAUCAAGUGGUUUUACCUUUUAUCUUAAAAAAGAUAGAAAUAUACUGAUUAUUUUCCCGGUGGACUGAUGGUGUUUUGAUAUCAAAAUAAUUGUUAAUGAUGGUCUUCUAUAAAUUUAGAGCAUGUUUGGUAAGAGUAUUUAUUGGGUUGGAAACGGAUUCAACUAAACCAUUACCAUUAUCUAGUGUUUGAUUAGAAGGUUUAGAUUACAAUUACCAUAAUCUAAGACUAAUGGUUUCAACCUAAUUUUAUGUUUACUUGUUUGCGUGUAUGUAUCACUGACUAAUUACAUCGAUUUAAAAAGAAAACCUAAAAUUGCUAGUCUUAUUAAAAUCAAAAUAGGACGAAUCUGAUCGUUAACUUCCCUCCCCCCCAAAUAGAUCUGAUUGCUUAACAAGUCUACCACGUUUCCCCUACCAUAGUGUAAUGCAGUUUCAUACGGAGUAUAAUAUUUUUAUUUUUAUUUUUUGACAACGUCUUAUGGAGUAUAAUACUGUAGUAUUCUUCCCUCCGUUUUUUUUUUCCUUAAAAGCUACACUUGUUAUUUUUGUCCGUUUUUUUAAAGCUACACUUUCUCUUUUAAAAACCCAUUACAAUUUAAUAAUGUAUCUUUACCUACUAGUGAUCCAUAUUGUCUUACUUUAUCAUUUUUCACUCCUUCAAUGGUCCACACUCCUUUCUCACCACUUUACUUUUCAAUAAAAUAAUAACUUUACCAUCUUUUCUUAGGAUUUUUUUAUUACCUGAUCUACCCAACUAACAUCUAAUUUUAUUAAACUCCGCACAAUCCUAACUAUAGCUUUAAAAAAAUAACGAAGGUUGUACGCAUAAUUUCCUUAAUUUUAAAAUGUGUGACAAAUGUUACCUGUUACAUUUAUUGGAGACAUCAGCAUUAUAGCUUUUAUUAAUCACACUUUCUUUAUUGUAUAAUUGGUUAAUUAUUUACUACCUCCGUAAAUUGUUAUUUGCAACUUUGGAAUAUUUUAUCUCUCACAAAUAAUACCCCAAAGUUGCAGAUAACAAUUAACGGAGGUAGUAUAUGGAAUAUAAUUGCUUAAAUAUACUUCGUACUCCGUAGUUUUUAUUCAAUUUUUAUACAAAGUAUUUAAAAUUUUUUGGGUUUUUAACAUGUCUUUUCAUGAACUUUUCUCAUGACGACUUCUAUUUAAAGAAGAUAAUAGGUUGAAGGUUAGUUGCAGCUCAUUGUUUGUUCAGUACCACAUUCUCUUAGGCUCUGUUUGUUUCAAGGGAAAAGCCUUUCCUUGAAAAUAGUUUUCCUAUUUUCUAUUGUUUGUUUUGGACUGUCCCACAAAAUGGAAAAUAACACUAGAAAAUACUUUUCCAUUGAGGCCCAAAUAUUUUCCCAAAAAAAUCAAGGGAUUCCUCUUUUCCAUCGUUGCUCGCUGCUCUCAUUCUCUCAUCCUCAAGCUCGCUGCUCUCUCUCUCUCUCUCAUCCUCAAGCUCGCUGCUUCAAGAUCUGCUAUCACAAGGUUAGUAUUAGUUAUGAAACUGGAGCGUGGAUUGUCUACCCAAAAAUCAUCUAAGGUAUAACUUUGCCCAAAAACCACUAUCGAAUUAAUAUACAUAUAAGUAUGCUUAACCUUUUGUUUUUUUGAUGGAAUUGAUGUAGAUGACUAAUGAUACUAAAGGCAUUGUUAUUGGCGCUAUGGCUGCUGUUAUUCCCUACGCGCUUGCUUUUCUUAACGAGCAUAGGUCUAAAACAA